AUGAAAGCUUCAAUAUGGAGGGCCCUCAUGGCCAUAGGAAUGAAAUUCCAUCAUCUCGCCGACCCGCGACCUCCGAGACCCAAUUUCAAAAUCGUCAUCCCGUCAAGACUCUCCCCUCGUGGAGGGACCUUUAAACUCGUCUUCUACGUACCACAAUCGUACUUCGAGGCACCUGACGAGUAUCGCUACCCCGUCGUGGUCAACUUCCACGGCGGCGGCUUCACGCUGGGCACCGGGACAGAUGAUGCAAGAUGGGCCAGCACGGUAAUCGAACAAGUCGACGCUGUAUUCGUCUCGGUCGAAUACCGGUUGGCACCCGAAUACCCCUUCAGCGUAGGAGUCGAAGACGGAACAGAUGCCCUGAUCUACCUCGCCUCCCACGCCGAAGAACUCCGUCUAGAUCCCAAUCGCAUGGCCCUCUCCGGCUUCUCCGCUGGGGGAAACUUUGCCUUUACAGUCCCCCUCAUGCUGUACGACCUGCAAAACGACGCCGGAAAACGAACCCUCCUCGACUCCUCCAAGAAACCCAAGAAAUUCAAAAACGGCCACCACCAACAACUAAACCACAACUACCUGCACCCGCAAUCCGCGGACCCGACCCCCUCCUCCUCGCAACUCUCCCUCCCGCGCCCAACCCAAACCCGCACGCACUCCAGCACGACCUCCAUCGUCAAGCUCUCCGACCUCGAACCCACCGCCCUCGAAAUCGCCCACCAGCUCCCCGCCCUCACCCUCAAAUGCAUCAUCUCCUUCUACCCCCCAACCGACUUCCGCUCCUCGCGCGACGAAAAACGCCUCACCAACCCCGCCCCCGAGAAGAACCUGCCCCCCAUGCUCACAAACCUCUUCGACGCCUCCUACAUCCACCCCUCCGACGCCAUCGACCUGACCGAUCCCUACCUCUCGCCCGCCGCCGCCUCGGAUUCCCUGUUACGCUCCGCAUAUCCGGAAGACAUCAUCCUAUAUACCUGCGAAUACGACAUGCUGAACGCGGAAGGCGUCGCGUUCGGGGAACGGCUGCGCAGUAAGGAGGUCGGGAAGGUGGUGCAUGGCGGGCUGGUGAAGGAGGUCCCGCACGCGUUUGACAAGAAGCCGAAUCCGGUUAGUUUUCCGAAGAGUGCGGAGAGGUGCUAUAGUGAGGCGUGUGCGGAGCUGAGGAGGGUGUUUGGGGGACGGAGUAGUGUGGAGGAGAGGAGGCAGUUGGAGCUGGAGGAGGAGGUGGAGCGGUUUGAUGGCGUGGGGAGUUUACCCGGGAUGAAGGGGGAGGUCAAGGUUGAUAGGACGGGGGAGAGGGAGAGGGAUGGGAGUAGGGAGGGUAGGAAGGGGAGGAGUCCGAGUAAUCCCGGGAAGGCUUUUAAGUUGGAGAAUAUGAUUUAG